AUAUCGGAAUAUCUACUUUAUAUGCUUCCGAAAAAUGAGUACACUCUGACUCUUCUAUCGCAGAACCACUUCCCAAUGACUUUCGAUAUUACCUGCUUCCUUCACCAUGAAAGAUGUGGAGUUCACACAGGGCUUGGAGCACUUCGCACUUCGUCUGCACGAGCAUUUGUGCCGGGCAAAUCCUGGCCUGAACAUCAUCUACUCCCCGUUGUCCAUCCAGACCUCUGCGGCCAUGCUGCGAAUGGGAACUUCGGAGGGAUCGGCUACAGCCAAGGAGAUGGACGAGGGGCUAGGAUUCGGUGGGCGAGAAGUUCAGGAAGUAGCUGAAGCCUUUGGUGUCCUCCUCAAGUCCUAUAAACAGUGCCGGGUCCUUAAAAUGGUAAACGGCCUUUAUGUUAUGAAGGGUCUUCAAGUUGACGAGCAGUUUGGCCGCAUUCUAGAGCAGAAAUUCCGCUCAAAACCAAUGGAGAUUGACUUUAGUAGCGAGCAGGCUGCCAGCAUAAUCAACCACUGGGUAGAGUCUCAGACCAACAACCUAAUCAAGGACAUUAUCGGUCCAAAUGUUCUAGCCAAGGACGCGCGGCUAUGUCUAGUAAACGCUAUUCACUUCAAAGGAAAAUGGGCAAUCACAUUUAAUGAAAAAGACACCCGAGAAGAGGAAUUCUUUGGAUCGGGUAAGCCUACUAGAGUGAGAAUGAUGCACGUGUGCGAGAACUUUCUUUUUGCCGUGCUUCCCAAGUUGGAAGCCACUGCCCUCAGAAUGAAUUAUAGUGCAUGUAAUAUGGCUAUGAUCGUUAUACUUCCGGAUGAGAAGUCGAGUCUCACGCGCCUGGAAAAGCAGCUUACUGAUAUCUCUCUAGAGGCAUUGUCAUCGGCCAUGAAUCUGGAGAAAGUUGAUGUGAAGAUUCCUAGCUUUACAGCCGAGUUUCAGCAAGAACUAUCCCAGGUCUUUAUUCAGAUGGGCAUGAAGCGUAUGUUUAGUGGUCAGGCCGAACUUGGCGGAAUGCUCAAGUCCCAGGAAAGCCUAUGUGUCUCCAAGAUCGUCCACAAAGCAUUUAUCGAGGUUAACGAAGUUGGCACUAAAGCUGCAGCCGCGACGGCUGUGGCUGCCACAUUUAGAAGCAUGCCUGCACCCCUGCGUCCUCCAAAGGCAUUUCACGCUAAUAGACCUUUCUUCUAUGCUAUCAAUGACAACACCCAUGGUCUUCUAUUUGCCGGUCACUUUGUCACUGCAGAUUGAGAACUCCUAACAUGUAACGCAUGUACCUAAAGAAACGGAUGCACGCUCCUAAAAUAUCUUUAUAUGUAAGAAAUUUCUUUAAUAAAAUUCAAUACUUAGCAAUAAAUAAACUGAGAGCCUACAAGUAAGGUGUGUAAGUGCAGGGGCUUAAAUGAUUGUAUUGACUCACAGAUUCUGUGACUCUCACAGACUUCGACAAAUUGUAGUAAACAAAUUUAGAUAGAAAUGAUUUCAGUUUCAGCUCUCCUCUGUUAUCAGUGAACUGAAAAAAUCCCAUUAUUGUCGCAGAUAAUGACAA